UUUUAUCGGGUGUUCUUUAAGAUGGCUUCAAAGGUUAUAGCAUCAACCAGCCUUCUCAUGUCCCUCAACCUCCUCUUCUUUACUUUGGUCAGCUCUAACCAUGUCCUUUGCCCACAACCCAGAGAAAAUCCUAGACGCUUCCUCCACAACUCACCGGCUACACCCACGUGCUCUGUGGACACCCUAAAGUUGGGUGUAUGUGCUGGCUUAUUGAAUGGUUUAGUACACCUUGGUGUUGGAACCCUAGCCAAAACUCCAUGCUGCAGCCUCCUUGACAAUCUGGUUGAUCUGGAAGCUGCUGUUUGCCUUUGCAUGAUCAUUAAAGCUAAUAUCUUGGGCAUUAACCUAAGCGACCCAGUUGCAUUAAGCUUGCUGUUGAAUUACUGCGGAAAGAAUGUUCCCUCUGGCUUCCAAUGCGCAUAGUUUCUGCUCUACUUGUCACUAUAUGUCCACUCAUCAACACUAUAUGUCCACUCAUCAACACUUCCUGUUUUCAUAGGUUUGUUUAGAGUUUGCAGUCUGC